AUGACACGGACAAUGGUGGUUACUGUAAGAUUCUGCACCUUUUUGAUCAAUGUCGACGACGAAUGGGACGCAAACCCGUGGCUACCCGAACAAGUCAGCCUCGACCCUCGUCCGCCACUAAAACACCGGCCAAAGCUGAACUUUGACAUGUCCGCCUUCUCCUCUCGUGGUAUGCGCUUGGCUCGCACACUCCAACGCCGCUACACACGACGGCCUUUGCCAACCUACCAGCAGCCCACACCUUUUACAUUUCGCAUCUUGCCCGCGGAAGACAGGGAGUGGUGUAGCAUUAGCACCAUGGCGAUUGCGGAGAACUACGAGGAUGUGCUCAAGGGCAAGUACCCGGCCAAGGAACAUGCGAGGAAGGUGGCAAAGUGGAUCAUUGAGAAGGGAGGGGACAAGAAUGGGACGAUUUAUCUGGAGGCGCAAAAGCAAAAAUUGAAUGAGGAUAACGAUGGCGAGGCACCGUUCAGGCAAAGACGUUACUUUUUCUAUCUCAGUGGCUGUGAACUGCCCGACUCCUAUCUCACCUACGAGAUCCCCAACGACAGACUGACACUGUUCAUUCCUCCUGUUGAGCCAGAAGAGGUCAUCUGGUCGGGUCUGCCCAUGAGUGUUGACGAAGCAAAAGCGAAAUAUGACAUUGAUGAUUGCAAAACCACCAGGGAUAUCAACGCUCAUCUCACUAGCACAUCAGAGUCGGCUCAGUCGACCAUUUAUGCCAUUCCAGAGCAAGUCUCAGACAACAUCACCUUUCUCUCAUACAAAGACAAGGAGUUUAAGCAGCUCAAGCCAGCAAUCGAGUACUGCAGAGUGACUAAGACCGACUACGAGAUUGCGCUGAUCCGCAAAGCCAACGAAAUUUCCACAGCUGCUCACAUCGCCGUCAUGAAAGCUGCCUCAAAAGCAAAGAACGAGUGUGAACUCGAAGCCGUGUUCCUCAAGUCCUGCGUCGAGCGCAACGCAAAGAAUCAAGCCUAUCAUUCUAUCGUCGCAGCAGGAGAGAAUGGAGCAACGCUACACUAUGUCAACAAUGCUGCGCCCAUUUCUGAGCAAAAUUUGUUACUGCUCGACGCUGGGUGCGAGGUGGAUUGCUACGCCUCAGACAUCACCCGCACAUUUCCCAUCAAAGGCCACUUCAACGAAGAGAGCCUUGCAAUCUACAAGAUUGUCUUGGAUAUGCAGCACCAAUGUAUUAACGCUCUCAAGGCCGGUGUACUAUGGGACUCUAUCCAUGAACUCGCGCACAAGAUUGCCAUCAAAGGGCUCCUGGAUCUUGGUAUCCUCAAGGGCGAUGCAGACGCUAUUUUCAAGGCGCGAGCUAGUGUAGCAUUCUUCCCGCACGGUCUGGGCCAUUACCUAGGCAUGGACACGCAUGAUACGGGUGGCAAUGCCAAUUAUGCUGACAAGGACGUCAUGUUCAGAUACCUGAGGGUGAGGGGCACGCUGCCAGAACGCAGUGUGAUUACAGUGGAGCCGGGCAUCUACUUUUGCCGGUUCAUCAUUGAGCCGUACCUCAAAGAUGAGGAAAAGAAGCAAUUCUUUGAUGAGAAGGUUUUGGAAAAGUAUUGGAGUGUGGGAGGUGUGAGGAUUGAAGAUAACAUUCUGAUUACCAAGGAGGGCAUUGAGAACCUGACGCCAACGCCCAAGGAAGUGGAUGAAAUUACGGCCUUGGUCCAGUCUGCGUAA